AGAGAAUGGCUGCAGCUACGUAUCCGCCGCCUCCUCCAUAUCACAGGCUCUACAAGGAUUACUCUGAAAACCCUAAUUCUGCUCCUGAACCUCCUCCUCCAAUUGAAGGAAUCUACGUUUGUUUCGGAGGCAAUUAUACUACUGAAGAUGUUCUUCCGAGCCUAGAAGAGCAAGGAGUACCUCAACUUUAUCCCAAAGAUUCAAACGUUGAUUACAAAAAAGAACUCCGAUCUUUGAACAGAGAACUACAGUUACAUAUAUUGGAGCUUGCUGAUGUUCUUGUUGAGAGGCCUUCUCAAUAUGCAAAGAGAAUUGGUGAAAUAUCUUCAAUCUUCAAGAACUUACAUCACCUUCUCAAUUCCUUGAGGCCUCACCAGGCGAGAGCAACACUUAUUCAUAUUAUGGAACACCAAAUUCUGCAGCGGAAACAAGCAGUGGAGGACAUUAAGAGGAGGAGAGAAGAAGCACAGCGACUUCUGAAGGAUGCUUUCGUCACUUUAGAUGGACAAUAG